UCAGAAAUUACUGUACUGACAUGUGAACCCCAUGAACCUGUGGUUUAUUUUCUUUUCUAAAUACUUAUUUUCUGUUCAUAUCAAAACCAAUUACAAUUUUAAAAAUCUUUACACCAUGAAACUUUAUGUGCUGGAUUUGAUGACAAAUUAUUAUUACAAAGUAUAUUUAUAUUACAGAGAUUAUGUUUAGGUCAUUUUGUCCUGUAGUUAACAUUCUCUUUUGUGAAUAUGUAACAUUCACCUGACCUCCAACUUUUACUUGCACAUACACCUGCCAUCACAUUUGUGUGUCUGUUUCAUUUGAUAAUAAUUGAUAUCAUAUCUAUUGGUAAUAACUGAGACGAGGUUAAGAUUAUAUUGGGUAUUUUAAAUUGAUUUUACAACUAUACAGUUGAAUUACUAUGGAAUCAAAAGAGAAGUCCUGAGGCAGUGAAUAGAACAAAUCAGUAUAAUGUUUUAACUAUACUGCAGUACGUGGACACCUGACCAUCACACCCAUCUGUGGGUCUUCCCCAAACUGUUGCUAAAAAGUUGGAAGCAAACAAUUGUAUGGGAUGUAUUUGUAGAAUUACAAUUCCCUUUCACUGGAACUAAGAGGCCCAAACAUGUUCCAGCAUAACAAUGCCCCUGUGCACAAAGCGAGGUCCAUAAAGCCAUGGUUUGCCAAGGUUGCAGUGGAAGAACUUGAGUGGCCUGCACAGAGCCCUGACCUCAACCCCACUGAACACCUUUGGGAUGAACUGGAACACCAACUGCAUGCCAGGCCUUCUUGCCUGACAUUAGUGCCUGACCUCACUAAUGCUCUUGUAGCUGAAUGAGCAAACCCCUACAGCCAUGUUCAAAAAUCUUGUGGAAAACCUUCCCAUAACAGUGAAGGUUACAAUAACAGCAAAGGGGGACUAAAUCUGGAAUGUUCAAAAAAGCACAUAUGGCUAUGAUGGUCAGGUGUCCACAUACUUUUGGCCUUAUUAUUAAUUGCAGUUAUUUAAUUAAAAAAAGAUUCAUUUCUAAUGUAUUGUACAAACAUCUUAUUGUAUAUUCUUGAGUCAAAUUAACUGAGUGCAUAAUUGAGGAGUUAUCACUAUGUGAUUACAAGCUUGCUUAUUUAAUGAAAUAAUUAGCUAGAAUUAAACUACAAUGUAUAGUGGUUUCUUCACUAAGAGAUAGUUUAUAGAUUAGAUAGAUAGAUUCAUGUCAGUCAGUCUGCUCCUUCUACAGAUUACCUCUAGAAGGGUGGCAAACACAGGAUGUCUUAUAGAGAUAAUAUAAAAUAAACAAUUCACCUUUACAUUUAUUCCUUGGUUAUGCACUCCUUACAGUAUAUGCAUGUGUAGGCAGUGAAUAGAAUUUUUUUUUACAGCCAUAGCCCAGAGCCAAGAGCUUUACCAAAUUAUGAAGAUAAAAUAAAAAAAAAAAAACUGAGUAGUAACUUAAUACACAUAGACUCUUACAGUAAAAAAAUGCUUCAUUGGGCCAUUGUGUUGGUUGUGCAAUAGUGGUGAUUGAGAAUGGACAAAUGUACCAAAUUUGGCAGUGCAAGUAAUUCAGACAAAUGCCAUUUCAACUAAUGGGAAACAAGAAGAACAUAUGCUGAGUGAAUGAUUACAUCCAGGAUGAGAUAUUAAAGAGGCAAAUGACAGGCAAAUCUUUUGGAUGAUGGGGAAAAAUAUACACAUGUCCACAACAUUGACCCUUAAAACCCAUUUCGUUUAUGGAUAAUAGCAGUGAACUGAGUUCUUUCAUGAUGUACAGGGUUGCUUAUGUUUUGUGCUGACUGAUUUACCCUUUUGUUGGCUGCAUUGUUGGCUCCAGCCUCCAGAUGAUGUAAACUGUGAAAGUGCACAACUCUCAUGACCCACAAUAGUGUGUGAAGAAAUAAGAAUCAGGCUUAUUCACUGUGACAACACAUGACAACUUCAGGACAAGACCCUUUUGUCUGUUUAUGGUCCAGUACGUUUUGUGCAAGUUUAAGAAUGUUUGGUUCUCUUUUCGUCUGAGUAGAGUAUUUGGUGGCAUAUUGCUGGUGGCUGUUUCAGAGAUGAGGACUGAAAGAUUGUGGGAGAUUCUGGCUGCAUUCAUAUUCCUGUUGCAGAUAUGGAAACAGGUAUCUGCGGUGGAAAUCCCACCGGAUGUGAGACAGCCUCCUAUGAUAAUUAAGCAAAGCGUCCAAGAUCAUAUAGUGGAGCCAACAGACCCUAUCAUAGUGGAGUGUGAGGCCACUGGAAACCCUCCUCCAGUCUUCACUUGGACACGUAAUGGAGUGUACCUGAAUGUUGCACGUGACCCUCAGGUCACCAUGAAGAGGCGCUCUGGCACUCUGGAGAUAUUUUUUUGGGGUCGUCCGGAAGAUUACGAGGGCAUGUACCAAUGCACAGCUACUAAUGAGUUUGGUUCAGCUCUAUCCAGUCACAUUCAUUUGCGCGUCUCCAAGGCUCGUACAUGGCUGAAGGAAUAUUUGGAGCCAGUGUCUGUGUUUGUGGGUCUUCCUUUGAUUCUGCCCUGUAAUCCUCCUGUGGGCCCACCCAAACCUCAGACCUACUGGAUGAACAGCUCUAUGGUACCAAUUCGUCAGGAUCGUAGAGUAUCAAUGGCAGAGAAUGGAGACUUGUACUUCUCCAGCGUCAUAGCUGAUGAUGCGCUAACAAACUAUGUGUGCACAGCUCGCUUCCCCAACUCCAACAUCAUCCAGCAGAAACCUCCACUAAUUCUUCAGGUGCACACAGCCCGUAUGGCAGCUCAGACUGCUCCCAAGUUCUUGAAGCCCAGAGGAACAGCCAGCACUCAAAUCGCCAUGCUAGGGGAGGAGCUUAUCUUGGAGUGUUUCGCUUCUGGAGUUCCAGCUCCCACCAUCAAAUGGACUAAAGAUUGGGAAAGCUUGUCCAUGGAUGGCAUGAAGCUGGAAAACUUCAAUAAAACUCUGCACAUUAAGAAAAUCUCUUUGGAUGAUGGGGGCGACUACAUCUGCACUGCUACCAACAGGAUGGGCAGUGUGGACCACAUAAUCACAGUUAAAGUUAAAUCAACCCCAUUUUGGGUCGAGAAACCAGAGAGUCUUAUUCUCUCUCGAGACGAUAGUGGGCAGAUAGUGUGUAAAGCUGAUGGAAUUCCCAGACCCCAGAUACGGUGGCUAGUUAAUGGAGAACCUAUUGAGGAUGCUCCUAAGAGUCCUGGCAGACAAGUAUCUGGCGAUACUUUGAUAUUUCGUGCCGUGGUGCCUGAUAGCACAGCUGUGUUCCAGUGUAAUGCCUCCAACCAAUAUGGCUACAUCCUGGCCAAUGCCUUCCUUGCAGUAAUGGAUAUGAGGCCACGAAUGCUGGGCAUUAGAGAUGACUUGGUUAAAGUAAUUGAAGGGACUCGAACACUUCUGCACUGCCCAUAUUUUGGCUCACCAAAACCUGUCCUGCGCUGGUCUAAAGGUGGAGUGGGUUUAUUAGAGGGAAGUCGAUAUAGCAUUCUUUCUAAUGGAACACUGGAAAUAAAGCUCACCAAACUCCAGGACCAGGGGACAUAUCUCUGCAUUGCUAGCAAUGUCAUUGGUCGAGACGAGAUGGAGAUACAACUGGAGGUCAAAGAACCCACUAAAAUCAUCCGUGCCCCACAUAAUGUUAUUGUGAUAAAAGGGAGCUUGGCACAAUUUGACUGUAAGAUCCAGUCUGACCCAACCUUGGAGGUAAAGGUCACCUGGCUCAAGGACAACAAAUUCCUGAUCUUUGGAAGAAGAAUCACAAAGAAUGAGGACUCUAUGAGCAUUGCUGAUGUGUAUAGAAGAGAUGAGGGUAUUUAUACCUGCAGAGUUAAGACCGAACUGGAGGAAAUCAGUGCAUCAGCCAAACUCACUGUGAUGGAUCGUCCUGACCCACCUACUGACUUGGAGGUGUCAGAUCCAUCAGAACGAAGUGUUAGACUUACCUGGGUGCCAGGACUGAGCAACCACAGCCCUAUCAAAGAGUAUCUGGUGCAGUACACAGAAGAUCUGCUUGCUGAUUAUUGGCUAGUGCCGAGUGGCUGGAAGAACCUGACCCGUUACCCUGGCCACCUGAACUCUGUUGUGCUGCAGCUGACGCCGUUUGUUGAGUACCAGUUCCGGGUUGUGGCUAUCAAUGUGAUCGGCCCCAGCAAACCCAGCAAGCCAUCUGUGCAUUACGAGACUGGUGGAGCUGUGCCAGAUGCCAUACCAAGAAACAUCCAAGGAAGGGGGACUGGAGUGUUCCGAAAUAACAUGGAGAUCAGCUGGGAGCCGUUGGAGUAUAGAGAGUGGAAUGGGCCAAAGCUUGGCUACAUGGUGUGGUGGAGAAGAAGAGAUUCCAGAGAGGAGUGGAAAAAUUACACCACCUAUUGGUGGUGCAGUCACAUUAUCUAUGAGACGGACACCUUCACACCCUAUGAGAUUAAAGUGCAGGCUGUCAAUUACUUUGGCCUUGGACCAGAAUCUCCUGUGAUCAUUGGAUACUCAGGAGAGGAUCGGCCCACUGCUGCUCCAGAUGACCUGCAUGUCUCAGAUGUGGAGAGCACGAAGCUGACAGUCCACUGGCACCCUGUUCCCCAAGCCAGCAUCAUGGGGGAGAUUAAAGAGUACACGGUGUAUUACUGGCGAGAGAGCAGCCGCCUGCCCCAUCACAGCGUCACCACAAGGAUCAAAUCCAAGAGCUUUAAAGCAAAUGGACCUCGGCUUUCUGGCACCCUAACUGGCCUCAUUCCCUACAGCAACUACAAAAUGUACAUAGUAGUGGCCAAUAACCGCUUUGAGGGUCCACCGAGCAACAGGAUUGAGUUCCAAACCCUUGAGGGAGUGCCAUCAGUACCCAGAUCCUUCAGGAUCAUGCAUAGGCAUUAUGACACCAUCUACCUGGACUGGGAGGAACCUGCAGAACCCAACGGCAUCCUGACCGGGUACAUCCUCAAAUACCAGACAUUGAACGUGUCAGCAGGAGAGCGGAUGCUGGUGGAGGAAAUCCCCCCCAACACCACACAAUUCUCAUUGCGCCGCUUUGACCGCUACACUCGCUACAAGUUCAGUCUGGCUGCCCAGACGCAGGUGGGAGUGGGAGAGGCAUACACAGAGGAGUCGCCCCAUUUCACAACAGAGGAAUAUACCCGGGAACAAGUGGACAUAGUCACGCAGGGAUGGUUCAUCGGGUUGAUGUGUGCCAUUGCACUUUUGGUUCUCAUCAUGCUCACAGUCUUCUUCAUUAAAAAAACACGUGGAGGGAAGUACCCAGUGAGAGACAAGCGGGAUUUUACACUUGACUCUGUGGAUGAGAAGGAUGAGGGGUCUUUUGAAUACAGGAUAACGCGUGUACCCACCCUACCCUACACCAGGCGAGAGGAGGAGAGCCGCCAGGGUCGGAGUCAGGGACACAUGCAGAAGAAGACAAACAGUGAUGACAGCCUGAUGGAAUAUACUGAAGGUGAUGAGAUCGAGUUCAACGAAGAUGGCUCUUUCAUUGGUGAAUAUACCGGCACCACUAAGAGAGACAGAGACUCUUUUGCAUAGAACAACUCCUAAACAUGUUGAGAGAGUGCAAAAGACAUGGCGCCCACUGGUCCCUCAAAACCCCAGUUUUACCUCAAACACUGCUGAGCGUGGAUGGAUGACCAAAAUGGCCAAACAGAACUCAUGUGCCACUGGCCACCUCAUGCAGCAGUUCAGCCUGAAUUAUGGCAGAGGCAUUACACUACUAGUCAAAAGUAUGGACGUAAGCUGUGGGUUUUUAAUAGUCAACGAUGAUGUGUGUAUUUAUUAAAGAAUUUUUCUUCUGAAUAUUUCAUAGAUUACCGUUUACACUGCACAAUUACUAUAACAUAUUAUAGGGGAAAAGCCUUCACAGCCUUUCUUUAAAAUAGUUCCUUCACUGAGAAUUAUAGUCUCCUAAUUUACCAACUUCAGGGGCUCUUGAAGGUGCAUAAGGUUUUGCUGCAAUAAAUCUCUACAUUUUAAAAAUAAAAUGCAAACAACAAUAAAGAAACAGUAGUUGUACAACAAUACUAUAGAAUUUAGUCAUAGGCUUUUGUUCCAUGUUAAUAAACACAUAAUUUUCCAAAUCAUGUUUAUUUUCAUAAAGUGUCGUGUCCAAAUUUGGCCUACACACUUCUUGACCUCUGUGAAGUUAUCCAUCCAUAUAAAAAGAAACUGUUGUGUAUGUGCUGUUUUGCCCCAUAAACAUUAUUGUUUGUGCCAAUUUGGUUUUAUUUUAUUGUGCCAUUUGAUUUUUGAGUUGAGAUAUUAUAAUGUUAUUUAUUAAUGCGAGUCACUGAUAAGUUGAGAAUGAUGUCAUGAUGUUACAGUGUAUUGAAUUAUUGUCAUUAUAAUCCACAUAUAAAAAAAACAGCACAAACAAUACUUUUACAGCACAUACAUAUCUCUUUUAGAAUAAGGUGCUACCUUUGCAGAACUGACAUUUGUAACCCAUAAGGGUUCUUUGGUUUGUCCCUCUGAAGGAACCUUUAAACAGAGUGUUUCCUUCCUGUUCCUGUUUCCUAUAUUAACGACAGUUCUAAGUAGAACACUUUUAGGUAGCUAAUGACACUUAACUAUCUAAAGAGCCCUUGAGGAACCCCCUUUUUGACUGUAUGUUUUUGAAGAACUGUGUUAUUUUGGUAGUUGUCAGUUUUGCUGACUCAAGUAGAGUGUUUUUUUUUCUUGUACAUCAAUCAGAUUUCUCAUGUUUGUGAAUGAAAGAAGCCAGUGACAGCAUGGAGAAUAAACAUGUGUCUGUUUAUAUUGUUGAUAAAAUGAAAGCAGUGGACCUCUAGAUCAUGAUUUGGAUAUGGAUAUUAGUAAGUUAGCUGAUCAUAAUAUGACAAUGUAUUUUUAUCUUUAUGAUUUACAUAUAAACUUGCCUGCAUGUUAACAUGAAGUGGUGAGAGACAUGCAAAAAGUGAAGGUACAUGUGUAGUAUGCAAAGGAUAACUGUAGCACUAGUGACAUUAUCAUUACUAAUCACUGUCUGUAACUGUAGUCACAGCUGCAUAAUGCAGAUUCAGACAAUGAAAAUUCAGACAACAGUUUGUCUUUAUUUAGUUUGUCUGGCAUGUACAGAGGUAUUUUUCUUUACUCUUCUUUGGCCAUAUAAUUUGAACUGAAUGGAGUUUUGUUCUAUUCCACCUCUAACUACUAUAUACAGUAUAUUGAAAUUUUAUCAGUGCUGUAAUACCCUUAUGCCAAGCCAUUCAAUGAUCUUAAAUAAAAAUAAACAAUGUAUGUAUAGUUGUGUCCUAUCGACAUACUGUCACAAAACACUUUAGAGGAUGAUGUAAUUCAGUAGUCAGUAUUGUACUUAGCCAGUUUAUGAUAACAGAAAGCAUGAACUAUCUUAAGUUCCUGGAUAAGCCAUGUUUAAAAAAAAAAUAAAAAAAACCUUAUCCAAUUCAAA